AUGUGUAGCUCUUUGGGAGAGCAUGCUAAUUUCUCACGUCUUGCGAACUCUUUAUUUCUUGCCUCAAAUGAACACAAACCCUUACUAAGUGCUCAGGCACUAAAUGCACUGUUCUCGAUAUUGAUGAAAUCUGUCAAAAACGAUGAUACGUUAAUACCACUGCUUAUCAGUCAAGUUCUCACUUGUCCUGCCAUUGUAUUUCAUUUGAACAAAGCGAACCUUGACGCGUUUUUAUCUUCUGGUCAGUUUGAUCGAUGUUUGACACAUUUGCGGAACUCACCGGACGUUGUGGAAAGUAUAGAGCCACAAAAGACUAUCAACCUACUAGGAAAUGUGAUACAUUUAGGAUAUCUGGAUGAAGAGACAGUCAAAGGUCGUAUCGUCGAUUGGACAUGGGUCAUAGGUUUGGCGAUGGCACAGUGUACAGAAUUUGCUGUUCGACCUGGCGAGCAGUCUAGUCAUAAUCAUUGGCAUCCAAUUUUUGGUCACUAUAAGUUGCCCAUUGAUCCUAAGACUGAAAGGUCUUUGCGUAACGUCUUGCGUCAAUUGCAAAUGCUGUGGAGUUACCGGAUCGUGUGCAGACUUUUCGAUAAAGCGCUUGAAGGAGUCGACCAAAGUCGGCCGAACGGGCAUGUGCCUGUGAAAGACCUUGGAGCUACGUUCAACAAGCUGUGGAAAAAGUUGGGAGGUGGAUCUUCAACGGAACCUCUCGGAGAAACCGAGAAAGAGACCCCACCCACUCUCGCAGCGGUCGUCUGUCAACUCUAUAUGACAGCAUUGUCAACUAUGGGUAACAUGAAGAACGAGAUCAUCGCAGGAGUUUGUCGAGAAGAUAGGAUUCUGCGGCAACUGUGGUCGUAUCUGAUCCGAUGGGGCGGCGAAGGACGAUCGGCAGCUUCCCCAUCGACGUCGCCUUCACCACUGAAUGCUGCGUUGGCUUUAUUAUCUCGACCUCAAAGUCCACACGUAGCUCCAUUGACGUUAUUUGCAGACGCUGCUGCAAUUAGGAGCUGUACGAACGUGCAGUGCCCUUUCCCUCUCGAGGAACUUGUACAUAUAGCUCGAUUUUGUAAUUACUUCUGCUUUCGUGCAGUGUGGAGCGGAUUACUUGACGGUCUUCUAACUAUGUUUGUAUCUCGGAGUAUCCAUACCCUGUGCAUGGUUCUUCAUGUCCGUGACAGCCGCCGCUCUUUCGUGAACGAUCCGAAAUUUUGGCUAGCUCCAAGCAAAAAACCGUCCAAGGGUUUGCUGUUUGAUGCCGUAAACACUGAGUCAUUUGAUUUGCCGCUCAAUAGAAGGAUUGCUGUUUGUUCAGGAAGUUUGUUAGCCGCGGAUAAGUCGAGUAUAGAAUCGUCUGCUACUCUUAUCACAGUGGCUCGAAAUCGCCUUGUCGAAGAUGGUUAUCGGCAACUGUCUAUGUUAUCUACGAGAGCUCUCAAAUCCACUAUCCGAGUGAAAUUUAUCAACCAGCAGGGUCUUGAUGAAGCCGGUAUUGAUCAAGAUGGAGUAUUCAAGGAGUUUCUCGAACUAACUAUCAAACAAGUGUUUGAUCCUGCCUUGAAUCUAUUCCGUAGUACCGCCGCCGGAGUGCUCUACCCGUCUGCCACUUCAAGUGUCCAUGAAGAUCAUUUGGCACUGUUCCAGUUUGUGGGUAGAAUCUUGGCCAAAGCAGUGUAUGAGGGCAAAUGUUGUCUGUGGUCCCAGUUAGCGCCUAUGCUAGGUGGACGUCGUCUUUGUGCCUUCGAUGAACUAUCUCAGCUUGAUCCCGAACUUUACCGCAAUCUAACCUUUGUGAAGAAAUACGACGGUGACGUUAGCGAUCUGUCCCUAACAUUUAGCAUCGAUGAGGAUUUCAUGGGCAAGAUAAAUACUGUGGAUCGUGUGUCUGGUGCAGAACGAUUCAGAAUCGAUUAUGUGCAUCGAAUGGCACAUCAUCGGGUGUUCUCGCAAACAAAACAGCAAUGUCGGGCGUUUGUUUCUGGUGCACAAUCCGUUUUGAAUCCCGCGGUGGGCUCUGUCUUUUGGCUCCAUAGAUGUGCUAGUUUAUUAUAUGAUAUCGACCUUGUGGACCUUAAAAAGCAUGUGCAGUAUUACGGCGGAUUUCAUGGAAGUCAUCGACUAAUCAAGUGGUUAUGGGAAAUUGUAGAAAAAGAUUUUACGGCCGAUGAGCGGCGACUGUUUCUCAAGUUCGUUACGAGUUGCUCACGUCCACCUUUGCUCGGUUUUUCCUACCUCGAGCCUCCAUUUUCGAUACGAUGUGUAGAAGUUUCUGAUGAUCAGGAUCAAGGCGAUACCUUAGGAAGCGUUGUACGAGGAUUUCUAGCGCUCAAGAAAAGUCAGUCGUCAUCACGUCUGCCAACUGGUUAG